GUUGGAAGCUAGAUAGAGCUUAUCCUUCCAUAAAAGUUCUUUUGGUAUCCUUCUUGCUUCAGAAAUCUAAGUAUUAAGAAUAUUAUCUCUACCAGGCUUCAUUCAAAAUCCAAUGGAUUCCAUAAACCAGUUUGAUACUUUCACAGUUGUGUUUCUUGCUUUCCGGGGAAUUUUCACAGUUUCUUGGUAUGCAUGAGUCUACUUCAUCAAACACAAUCAUUGCAAAACACCUCCAGGUCCACCAGGCCUCCCCUUGAUCGGCAAUUUUCUGUCCCUCGAUCCUAAGCUUCACAAACACUUCACCUCUCUGUCUCAAACUUACGGUCCCAUCCUUUCGCUCCGACUCGGCCCCAGAUGCGGCGUCGUCGUGUCCUCCUCUUCAAUGGCUCGUCAAAUGCUCAGAGACGAUGACGUCAUUUUCGCCAACCAUGACGUUCCGGCCGCCGUCAGGGUGGCAACCUACGGUGCAAGCGACAUACUUUGGACCCCUUAUGGAUCUGAGUGACGAAUGUUGAGGAAAGAGUUUGCGCAGUGGAUGCUCGGCAACUACACCUUAGAUUCCGUCCGCAAACUAAGUCGAAAGGAGGUGAGGAAAACGGUGGGCUAUUUGUACAGUCGGGUGGGGUCUCAAGUGAAUACUGGGGAGCAGAUGUUUUUGACUGUCUUGAACAUGAUCACUAGCAUGAUAUGGGGUGGAACGGUGGAAGAAGGCGGUGAUGAGAGGGCUAUCGUGGGAGCAGAGUUGAGGAAGGUGGUUGCGGACUUCACGGAGCUGCUGGGUAAGCCUAACGCAUCUGACUUCUUUUCUGGGUUGGUUAAGUUUGGCUUGCAGGGAGUGGAGAACCGGAUGGUUUCUUUGGCUCAGCGGUUCGACCAGAUCUUCGAGAAGAUACUUAAGCAGAGACUAAAGAUGAACAAGGAGAGUGGCAACGAAGAAGAAGAUAGUAAAGAUUUUUUGGACUUCUUGUUGAGGCUGAAGGACGAUGAAAAUUCCAAACUACCACUCGCCGUGGCACACAUUAAGGGCCUCCUCAUGGACAUGGUGGUGGGUGGAACUGACACAUCAGCUAACGCAAUAGAGUUUGCAAUGGCUGAAAUUAUGUCCAAUCCAGAUGUGAAGAAGAGAAUCCAACAAGAAUUGGAAAGUAUUGUGGAACAGGACAACGUUGUAGAACUCGCAGUUCAAAAAGAAACUAUGAGGUUGUACCCAGUUGUUCCACUAUCAGUUCCUCACUGUCUAGGCUACGCAAUUCCAAAUGGCUCUCUUGUGUUCGUGAACGUGUGAGCAAUACACAGGGACCCUUCUGUUUAUGAUAAUGCUUUACACUUUGAUCCCUCCAGGUUCUUAGAUUCGAAACUUGAUUUUAGAGGAAAUGACUUCGAGUAUUUACCAUUGGGGUCUGGACGAAGAAUCUGUGCAGGAAUACCUCUGGCUGAGAAGAAUUUGUUGUAUUCUCUUGCAAUGUUAAUGCAUUCAUUUGAUUGGAAAGUGCCUCCAGACCAAAAGCUGGAUAUAGCCGAGAAGUUUGGUACUGUGUUAAAGAAGAAAACGCCUCUAGUUGCCAUUCCCACACCACGAUUAUCCAACCCAGCUCUUUAUGAGUAGGCUGAAGAUUAACUGAUUCAAGGUAAGUAAAGAAUCUUGUUUACGUGAGCAUACUUGUAAAUCAUAUUGUAAAAAAUGCAUAUUUUAUUAUUAAAUGAGUGUAGGU